AUGAGGAAGCCUGAGGCUACUCCAGGAAAGAACAACAGCAGCAACAACAAUAAGCUUAGGAAGGGGCUUUGGUCGCCUGAGGAAGAUGACAAGCUGAUGAACUACAUGAUGAACAAUGGCCAAGGCUGCUGGAGUGAUGUUGCCAGAAAUGCUGGCCUGCAGAGGUGCGGGAAGAGCUGCCGCCUCAGGUGGAUCAAUUACCUUAGACCUGACCUCAAGAGGGGUGCAUUCUCUCCCCAGGAAGAAGAGCUCAUUAUCCAUUUGCAUUCCCUUCUUGGAAACAGGUGGUCACAGAUAGCGGCUCGUCUGCCAGGGAGGACGGACAACGAGAUUAAGAACUUUUGGAACUCGACCAUCAAGAAGAGAAUAAAGAACAUGUCCUCCUCGGCCACGACGUCGCCCAACACGAGCGACUCGUCGUCCGAGCUGCCGAGCAAAGACAGUGGAGGGCUGGUGGGCGCGGGCGGUUUCAUGUCGCCAAUGUUCAUGGACGUGGUCGUGCCAUCCCUGACGUCGACAAACUCAUCCACCUCGUCAUCGUCCAUGGCUCUGAACGCUGGCAACCACAUGAUCGACUCGUUGCAGAUCCACAUCGACCACCACCAUCAGGGUCUGAUGAACAUGUAUGGUGGUGCGAACGGGUACUUUGGUGGUGUUGGUCAGAAUGAGAUGCCUGCUCUCAGUUUCAGAGGGGAUCGGAUGAUCGGUUCGUAUGGGUUAGGGCAAGGGGGGAUGUUUGCAGGAGGAGGACUUGGUAGUGGGAUGGAUAAGGAGCUUCAAGUCCCACCAUUGGAGAGCAUAAGCAUGGAGGAGAAUAAUGGUCCCAAUAACAACAUAGUCAUAAGUAGCAACUUGAACAAUAAGUACCCUUUUGUGAAUAGUAACAACAUUAAGGGGGAGAGUAACCACCACAACAACAAUAAUCAUCAUCAUAGUAACAACUUGGGAGGAGGAGGGGUGGAUAACACUAAUAAUCUUGGCAACUUUUGGCAAGGAGAAGACCAACUCAAAGUUGGGGAGUGGGAUUUCGAGGAGCUCAUGAAAGAUGUUUCCUCCUUCCCCUUUCUUGACUUCCAAGUCGAAUAG